CGAGGAUCCCAACGUAUAUCAUGCAUUUCCUUGUUCAUUGUUGUCGCCUCUUUUACGCAAUUCUGCACCGACAGACCUGUCAAAUUCAGGAGGCUGAUUGGAGCUUGGGAGACCGCUGAUGUUAGCACCGAACCGGAUGACAGCAAGAUACGUGUUGUAGGCCCUCUGCUCAAUGAAGCGAGACGUUUAAUGGAAAUAUGUAAGAUUUUCACGGAUCUUACUCUCCCGUGUAAAGCUCCGUUGUUCUGUCUAACCACAACCAGGGUUAAACAAGCUGAAACCGGGGCCUGUCUGUCUGGACAUUCAGUGCUGACCUGCCCCGUUGUGCUCUCACUGCAGAUACAGCCUCCAUGGUUAAUAUUAGCCUAGCAGGCUAAUUAUUGACAAUAGUUAGCUGUUGCUAACGUGAAAACGGUGUGAUGUGCGUAUGUGAGCUUGGUCCUGGGCAGUAGCGGUACCGUACAGGAGGAUGAAUGCAGAGGAGGUGGAGCUUCUCAGCGACUCCAAGUACAGGAACUAUGUGGCGGCAGUGGACAAGGCCCUGAAGAACUUUGAGUACUCCAGCGAAUGGGCGGACCUGAUCUCUGCACUUGGCAAGCUCAACAAGGUUUUGCAGAACAAUGCCAAGUACCAGGUGGUGCCCAAGAAGCUGACGAUAGGCAAGCGCCUGGCCCAAUGCCUGCAUCCUGCCCUGCCCAGCGGGGUCCACCGCAAGGCCCUGGAGACCUACGAGGUCAUCUUCAAGAUCAUCGGACCAAAACGGCUGGCCAAGGACCUCUUCCUCUACAGCUCUGGCCUCUUCCCCUUGCUGUCCAAUGCUGCUAUGUCUGUGAAGCCAGUGCUGCUGGGCCUGUAUGAGACGUAUUACCUGCCUCUGGGAAAGACCCUGAAGCCCGGCCUACAGGGCCUACUGACCGGAGUACUGCCUGGUCUGGAAGAGGGAUCAGAGUACUAUGACAGGACCAACACGCUGCUGGAGAAGGUGGCGUCGGCAGUGGAGCAGGCCGCCUUCUACAGCGCCCUGUGGGGCAGCAUCCUGACCAGCCCGGCCGUCCGUCUGCCCGGGGUCUCCUUCGUCCUGCUGCACCUCAACCGCAAGCUCUCCAUGGAGGACCAGCUCUACAUCAUGGGCAGUGACAUCGAGCUCAUGGUGGAGGCAGUGAGCAUGUCUGUGCAGGACUCCAGUGUGCUGGUGCAGAGGAGUACCCUCGACCUCAUCCUCUUCUGCUUCCCUUUCCACAUGAGCCAGGCGACCCGAACAGACAUGAUCCGGAUUCUGUCAGCAGCACUGCAUGUGGUUCUGAGGAGAGACAUGUCGCUCAACCGGAGGCUCUAUGCCUGGCUGCUUGGCUUUGAUAACAACGGUGUGAAAAUAGGCCCUCGCAGCACACGACACAGUAACCCAGAGGACCAUGCGACCCACUAUUUUAACACCUACUCCAAGGACAUGCUGGUCCAGGCCAUGGUGGGGAUCCUUCAAGGAAAAGCGCGAGGAGGGGAGGAGGAGAGUGUGUUGAUGCACGACCUUAAGCCAUUCCGCAUCCUCAUCAGCCUGCUGGACAAGCCAGAGCUUGGUCCGGCCAUCCUUGAGGACGUGCUAAUUGAGGUGUUCCGGACUCUGCACACUCAGUGUAGAGCUGAGCUGGAUCUUCAGACUCAGAGUACCUUCAGCAAGGACCACACACAGCUCAGCAGUAAACUACGAGAGAACAAGAAGACGGCUGAACUCAUCAAAACGGCUAACCUGCUGUUCAACUCUUUUGAGCCAUAUUACAUGUGGGACUACAUCGCUCGCUGGUUUGAAGACUGCUGCAGGAAACCCCAAACUAGUCAUCAGGAUGCCCCAGUGCAUGCUGGGGCAUUUGAGCCUACGGCCCUGUCUCUGCUGGAGUUCUGUCAGCUGGUAGACUUCCUGUUGGAUAUAGUGUCCCUGCCUACUAGAAGCAUGCGGGUUAUCUGCCAGGAGACAUACAUUGAGAUCCAGACGGAGCACCUUCCCCAGCUGCUGUUGCGGAUGGUGUCGGCGCUGACGGCCCACUUGCAGGCCCUGGGCCUGGGGGAGCUCACCCACUGCCUGCGCCUCUGCUCCAAGAUCCUCAGCAAGGUGCAGCCGCCACUUGUCUCCCCCCUCGCCCUCCCCCAUGGGUCUGCCGCCACCACCACCCCCACCUCAACCCCCACGCCCACGCCCAGCAUGGCACCCCAGGACAGGGAGGACAAGCGGUCUGUGCCGUCCUCUCUGGAGCUGCCUGGUGUGCCCGGUGAGGUCUUUGAGGACAGCAACGGUCACGGUGCCAGCAGCCGCUGCUCCGAGAACGGCUUUACCGAUUUCGUCCAGUACCAGGAGGAUGGCGAGCGGCCCUCCACGGGCUCCACACCAUCCGCCGAGGACCCCCCCACCCCACAGCCCCCUCCCAGAGCCACGGCGGCCAUCACUAAGCCCCAGGACACGCCGGUCAUGCAGUGCUGUCUGGAGCAGUUCCAGCACUUCCUCUCCCGCCUCAUCACUCUCUACAUCACUUCCACCAACAACAACAACAACAGCAACCACGCCACCGCGGGCGUCUCGGAGACAGAGCGGCCGCCCCGACCCUCCAAAAUGGACACGCUCAAGGUCGGAGUGGGCGCCGUCAUGACGACGAAGCAGGAGGACGACCAGGAGUGGGGCCUGGAGCAGAGGGAGUGUAUGGCGGCCUUCGCGGCCGCCUGCCAGAUCUUCCUGGAGUGCUCCAGCUUCCCCAUCUAUAUCGCCGAGGGCAACAUGAAGGCCUCGCCCACCAGGGAGGAGCUGGCAGCAGAUGGUGAUGGCGAGCGCCCUGCGGGCUGGCUGCAGUGUCUGAUGGAUGCGUGCUGCGCUCCAGUGGACUUCAACAUUCAGGCUGUGGCCAUCUCCCUGCUUAUGGACCUCGUGGGCCUCACCCAGUCCGUUGCCAUGGUGACCGCUGAGCGGAUAGGCAGCACUGAACCGGCCCCACCCAUGAGCCCCAGUCAGGGCCGCGUUGCUGUGGUGAUCAGGCCGCCCCUCACGCAAGGCAUCCUGAAGUACAUCGCUGAGAAGACCACGUUCUUUAAGGCUGUAGCUCUGAUCCUGUGGGGGCAGUUGGGUGAGGGGACUCCCCAGCACCACCAGCGCAGUGUGGAGCUCUUCUACCAGCUGCACAACCUGGUGCCCUCUUCCAGCAUCUGUGAAGACGUCAUCAGCCAGCAGCUCAUGCACAGGGACAAGAGGGUGCGUCUGGAGGCCCAUGUGAAGUUCUCUGUGCUGUGGCACCUCACCAGAGACCUGAACGUCACCAAGUCUUCCCCCUUCAACCGCACUUUUGACAGGUCUCUGUAUAUCAUGCUGGACAGUCUGAGUUACUGGGACGGUUCUGCGAGUGCUGUGGGUCGGGCUUGGCUCGACCAGGUUCUCCAACGCCACGACAUCGCCCGCGUACUAGAACCCCUCUUGCUGCUCCUCCUGCACCCCAAAACCCACCGGGUCUCCAUCCAGCGCGUCCAGGCCCAGAGGCACUGGGCCCAGAACUUCCCCCAGGCAGGCCCGUCAGAACCCGACCCAGACCUGUCUGAGCCCAUCUUCAUGAGGGACUCCGGCUUCUCCGACCACUUCAACCAUGGCGACAUUUUGAAGGCGGGACAGGGGCGUGUUUGUGUCCUUCCUUUGGAUGACAUGGAGCCCUUCAGCCUCACAGUCAACCCCCUGAGUGACAGCCUUUCCCUGCUCAGCCUGAGCAGUGAGAACCUGCAGCUGAUCGGCGACUAUGCCCCUCCAGACCAACAGGAGGAGCCCCAGAGUUCCGACUCCAGUGGCUCCAACCACUCCACCAUCGACAACGGCAGCUUUGAAGAGCCCGAGGUGGUAGGUGGAGAUGGUGCUGUGAACGGAUGUGACUUCACGGGAGAACUGACCGAGAGUGCCGUGGAGGACGAGGAGUUUAUUGUGGAGGAGGAAGUGUCGGUGGUGUUGACGGAGCUCCUGGAGAGGGUAGUGCAGACGCUGGAGGAGAGCUCCACAGACACCCCCUUUCCCACUGAGGCCUGGCCGCAGGCAGAAACGGACAGCACCAACUCUUCCUCCUCCACCUCCACCACUGACAUCUCCACCGGCCAGAGGCUGACCAAGGGGCCCUUCCCCGCCUGCAAGCACCGCAAAACACUACCAGAGCUGGUGGCCGGAGGCACUCUGGGGUUCCUCUCCAUUACCACCAACACCACUUCUGAAACCCCCACCCCUAUGGCCUCCACCACCACCCCCACCCCUGCCUCCGCCCUGCCCAGGUCCGAGGACCACCGCGAUGGCAUCACGCGCCACAGCUCGUCCCCCUCCAUCGUCAUGCUCCCGGACAGCAGCGGCGGCAGCAGCGGCAUCGGUGGUGUGGGUGGCGGGGGGAGCAGCGUGGGGGGGUCGUCGUCGGAUCUCAGCGUCCUGCAAGCGGACGACCUGCAGGCCCGCAAGCGCAGCCACAGCAGCACGCAGCUCAGCCUGAAGGGCAAGAUCAUGGAGCGCCUGGCGGACAAGUCUCCGGGGGCCAAGCCCAAGGUGAAGAAGAUCAAGAAGAAGGAGGAGGAGCGCAGGAGGCAGCAGCAGCAGCAGCAGCAGCAGCAGCACCAGGGAGACCGGAGCCGGCCGCCCAGCAUCUUCUUCGGGGACAGCCUGGACCUCGAGAACUGGUACAGCUGCGGGGAGGGCGAGGUGUCCGAGAUCGAGAGCGACGCAGGGUCACCCAGCGGGGGCGCAGUGGGAGGAGGAGCGGGGUGUGCCGGCGGGUCGAAGCCCCGGCUCUCCUCGUGCGCCUCCCCUCCCCCGCCCCGCUUCAACAUCCACCCGCUGUACCAGCACGUGCUGCUGUACCUGCAGCUGUACGACUCCUCGCGCACGCUCCAUGCACUCUCCGCCGUGGCCGCCAUGCUGCGCGCCUCGCCGGCCGCCUUCGUCAGCGCCAUCGCCACCACCAGCAUCAACCACACCUACACGCCGCAGCUCUCGCUGCUGCAGAACCUGCUGGCACGCCACCGCGUCUCCGUCAUGGGCAAGGACUUCUACUGCCCCAUCCCGCAGCAGGACGCCCACGCCCACCCCUUCCGCGGCGCCAUGUUCCUGGAGGUGGUGCUCUCGCUGUGCCUCUACUUCCUGCGCAGCUACUACGCCGCACACGUGGCCGCCACCGCCCAGGACCUGGCGGGCAACCGCGCCAUGCAGCUGACCAGCGUGGAGGUGCUGACGCUGCUCUUCAGCGAGCUGGCCAAGGUGACCGGCGGCUCGGCCAAGGGCUUCGCCAGCUUCAUCAGCGACGUGCUGUCCAAGUGCAAAGUGCAGAAGGUGGUGCUGCACUGCCUGCUGUCCUCCAUCUUCAGCGCCCAGAAGUGGCACGAGCAGCGGUGUGGUGGCGCCAACGUGUCUGCGGUGGAGGAGGGCCUGUCGGAGGACAGCGUCAUCAACCUGUCCGAGGACCAGCUGGACGGCUGCAGCGCCCUGCAGUCCCAGCUGCUGCGCCUGCUCCAGAGCCUGGUGGUGCUGGAGCACCGCGUCCUUACGCCUUCCGACGACACCGCAGACGCAGGCUCCGGUGGCGUGGGUGGGGGUGUUGGAGGGGGUGGCGGGGGCGUGGGUGCCGGCGGUGGGGGUGUGGGCGCGGGGGGGUUCGAGCUGCUGGGGGUCGAGGUGGAACAUGUGAUCCCCCAGCAGCCCUUCACCUCGCUGCAGUACCAGCACGGGCAGCCCAUCACGGCGCAGGGCAUGUUCCUGUGCGCCGUCAUCCGGGCCCUGCACCAGAACCACGCCUGCAAGAUGCAUCCGCAGUGGAUCGGACUCAUCAACACCACGCUGCCCUACAUGGGGAAGGUGCUGCGCCGGGUGGUUGCCUCCGUCACCCUGCAGCUAUGCCGUAACCUGGACAACCUCCUCCAGCAGUACCGCUACGAGACCGGCCUCACCGAAACAAGACCCCAGUGGAUGGCUUCCUGCAUUCCUCCUGACCUGAUUCUCACAGUUCUGGAGGGAGUAACAGCCAUCAUCCACUACUGCCUGCUGGACCCAACCUCCCAGUAUCACCAGCUCCAGGUGAGUGUGGACCAGAAGCACCUGGCAGAGGCGCGUGCAGGCAUCCUGUCCAUCCUGCACACCAUCAUGACGUCGGUGACGCUGCUGUGGAGCAUUCUCUACCUGGUGGACAACUCCGACCGCCCCGCCACCGCCUCCGCUUGCUUCAGCUCCAACAUCAACCUCGGCUCCACCAAGAACUUGCGGCAGCAGAUCCUGGAGCUGCUUGGGCCCAUCUCCAUGAACCACGGGGCCCACUUCAUGGCGGCCAUCGCCUACGUGUGGAACGAGAGGAAACAGGUCAAGAGCUCUGCCAGGAACAAGGUGAUCCCCUCGGCGUGUGAGGAGCAGCUGCUGCUGGUGGAGCUGGUGCGGUCGGUGAGCGCCAUGCGGACGGAGACGGUCAUCCAGACGGUCAAGGAGGUGCUCAAGCAGCCGCCCGCCAUCGCCAAGGAGAAGAAACAUCUCUCUCUUGAAGUCUGCAUGCUCCAGUUCUUCUACGCCUAUGUGCAGAGGAUCCCUGUGUCCAGUCUGGUGGACAGCUGGCCGUCUCUUUUGGCGCUCCUGAAGGACUCUGUGCAGCUGGGUCUGCCUGCUCCAGGACAGUUCCUCAUCCUGGGUGUCUUGAAUGAGUUCAUCCUGAAGAACCCCAACCUGGAGAGCAAGAAGGACCAGCGGGAACUGCAGGAUGUGACUCAUAAGAUUGUGGAGGCCAUCGGGACGAUUGCCGGCUCGUCCCUGGAGCAGACCACCUGGCUCAGGAGGAACCUGGAGGUCAAACCCUCACCCCAGAUUGUAGUGGAUGGGACCACCCUGGAGCCUGAUGUGGAAGAUCUCAUGCUCACAGUGAUGGAGGCUUCCAGCUUCACUCCUUCUGUGUAUAGUGUUCACGCCCUCACACUGCUGUCUGAGGUGCUGGCCCAUCUUUUGGAUAUGGUGUUUUAUAGCGAUGAAAAGGAGAGGGUCAUUCCUCUGCUGACAAAUAUUAUGCACUAUGUGGUGCCUUAUCUUCGCAACCACAGUGCCCAUAACGCCCCAAGCUACCGCGCGUGCAUCCAGCUGUUGAGCAGCCUUAGUGGGUACCAGUACACACGGCGUGCCUGGAAGAAAGAGGCCUUUGACCUCUUCAUGGACCACACCUUCUUCCAGAUGGACUCCUCCUGUGUCAGCCACUGGAGGGCCAUCAUAGACCACCUGAUGACGCAUGAUAAGACCACCUUCAGGGAUCUGAUGACACGCGUUGCUGUAGCUCAGAGCAGCUCUCUGAACCUGUUCACCAAUCGGGACGCAGAGCUGGAGCAGAGAGCCAUGCUGCUGAAACGCCUUGCUUUCACCAUCUACAGUAGCGAGGUAGACCAGUACCAGAAAUACCUGCCAGACAUUCAAGAGCGUCUGGUGGAGAGCCUGCGUCUGCCUCAAGUGCCCAUCCUCCACGCUCAGGUGUUCCUGUUCUUCAGAGUGCUGCUGCUACGCAUGUCUCCCCAGCACCUCACUUCACUGUGGCCAACCAUGAUCACUGAACUGGUUCAAGUGUUCUUACUGAUGGAACAGGAGCUGAUAGCAGAUGAAGACAUCACUAGGACGUCUGGGCCUUCUGUGGCCGGCCUGGAGACGACGUACUCAGGGGGCAACGGCUUCUCUACCUCCUACAACAGCCAGCGCUGGCUCAACCUCUACCUGUCUGCCUGCAAGCUGCUGGACCUUGCCCUUGCCCUGCCCUCAGAGAGCCUCCCGCAGUUCCAGAUGUACCGCUGGGCCUUUGUCCCUGAGGCGUCGGACGACUCGGGGCUGGAGGUGCGGAGACAGGGUACACACCAGAGGGAGUUUAAGCCUUACGUGUUGCGACUGGCCAAACUACUGAGGAAACGAGCUAAGAAGAACCCGGAGGAGGACUGUUCCACUCGCACGCUGACGUGGGAGCCGGGCCACCUGAUGCUGACGCUGUACGUGAUCCGCAGCAUGGAGCAGCUCCUCCCCUUCUUCAACCUGCUCAGCCAGGUGUUCAACAGCAAGGCCGGCAGCCGCUACGGCCCCAGCCACGGCCCCGCCUCCAGCGACAGCCCCUUCUCCGGCAAGGACGGCAAGCUCGAGAGCCAGAAGGUCUUCUGGAGCCGCGCGCGGCAGAACAUCGAGGAGAUGGUGGAGAAGGACUUUCUGGAGGGCCUGAUCAAGACGUGACCGGACGUGACAUGACCUGACAUGACUUCACCACUAAACAAAAGGGACUCUUUCAGAACAUAAUAAGGGACAAGCUGUACAGAUUAUUCAAACCUCAGACUGGG